UGACAGGACAUGUAAUCACUGGACUACGCGUUGGAUGACGGACAUUCACAGCGUGAUAACCGACCAUUUUUUGCACAAUAUCGCGUUUUCUGUCGUUGUUGGGAAUAUUUAGGAAUGGCUGGUGACAAUAUGCCACUGUUAAAACACCUCUCCAUUCUCUUUUUGUUCUCAACCUAUGUAAUCGGUGUUCUUGGUGGGCCAUCUGAUGUUACAAGCAGCCCAGUGACAGACGUGAAACAUGUUUAUCAGUUUCUAGUCGGCCACACUGACAUCAGCUAUGACACUGCCUUCGUCUACGUGUCCAACGGAUUAGAGGAAACAAUAAACCUCUCCAUUCAAACCACAGAAUGCUACCAGUGUAAACUUGUAUUGCUUGGUUCUAUGGGUGUGCGGGGGUCCGUAGAAGUUCAAGUGGACACAGCAUGGCCUGUUGUCAUGGAUAUAAGCUUGGAGGACCAACCAGUCGAUAAUGCAACGGUUUGCAGAAUGACAUACCACUUCAAACAAAAUGGCAACUACUCAUGGUAUAUCAACAACAAGAAGAGCAUGGACAGCUUUGAUUGUAAACUGAUAGCAACGAACAGUCCUCCCAAUGCUUUUAUCCCUAUCUAUGUAACAAUCGGUAUAUUUGCUGCUAUGGCCAUCUUCUGUAUUCUUUACAAAAAAAUGUGCAAUUCUGGAUCCAUUAAUCGCUUCCUGAACUACCUUGGCAUGGAGAGAGUUGUAUCAAGCGAUCUAGGAACACCUUCUAAUCCUGUCGCAGAAGCUGACUCAAACAGCAUCCAGCGACCUAGUCGAGACAAACCGAAGAGACUGAAAUCUUUAGAUGCCUUCAGAGGGUUUAGUUUGGUGAUAAUGAUCUUUGUCAACUAUGGAAGUGGAAAAUAUCGUAGCAUCUUUGGACAUUCACCAUGGAAUGGUCUAACAGUGGCUGAUUUGGUCUUCCCUUGGUUCAUAUGGAUCAUGGGCGUAUCCAUCACCAUGUCCUUCUAUGCCUUGGUGCGUCAUGGUGUCUCCCGUCGGGUCAUCUUUACCAAGAUCCUCAGAAGAUUUGUCAUUCUCUUUGGUCUUGGCAUUAUUUUAGAUGGAGGAAUAGACUUCUCCACCUUUAGAGUACCUGGUGUCUUGCAGAGGAUUGCAUUCUCUUACUUGGUGGUGGCUACAGUCCAUCUCUUUGCAGUCAAACACAAGGAUGAGGAAUACAGAAUCAGGCAUGUAGUAUACAGAGAGCUGCGCGACCUCCUGGAUUACUGGUACGAGUGGAUCAUCAUGAUCAGUUUCCUUGCUCUUCACAUCUGUCUUACAUUCUUUUUGCCUGUCCCGGGCUGCCCAACGGGUUACCUGGGACCCGGAGGACCUUUGGUUGGUGAAAAUGAAUCGUUGGUGAACUGCACAGGAGGAGCGGCGAACUACAUUGACAAAGUGAUUCUAACAUAUAAUCAUACGUACCCAAGAGGCACGCCACGGAAAAUCUACCAAACGACAGUACCGCAUGACCCGGAAGGGAUUCUGGGAACUCUAACUUCGAUCUUCAUGACCUUUCUCGGAUUACAGGCUGGCAAGAUUUUUCAUCUCUUUUCCUACCCAAGGGACCGAAUCUUAAGAUUCUUAGGAUGGUGUGUUGUAACUGGCGUUAUUGCAGGUGCCCUCUGUGGUUUCUCUAAGGAAGAUGGGAUUAUUCCAGUCAACAAAAAUCUAUGGUCUGUUUCGUUUAUACUUGCCACGGCCAGUAUGGCCUUCUUCCUCCUGGCUAUCUUUUACUACCUGAUUGAUGUCCAGAUCUGGUGGACUGGGGUUCCUUUCUACUUCGUCGGUAUGAAUUCCAUUGCGGUGUACUGCGGGUCAGAGGUACUUGGUAAAUACUUUCCCUUCUGCUGGGAGCCGGUCUUCAACACACAUGCAGAACUCUUGGCCAUGAACGUUAUCGGCGCCUCUCUCUGGGUACUCAUCUCCUACUACAUGUACGCCAUUGACUUCUUUGUCAAGAUAUGACCUGCGUUCGCUCCUGCAUCGUUUAUCACCAGAAAUAAACAUUAUUGACUCAGUUAAAGCUAAUCUUGAGCCCUGGUAUUGGAAACGUAAUAAACCAGUGAAAUAAAAUGAAAUGCACAAAAAUUACAGGGCAUCAUCUUCAAUAAGAACCACAACUCCCAUUUGCACAUACCGGUAGUGACCUGUGUUAAGCACAUGGUGUCAGACCUACUUACCCGGAUUUCCUUAUCUUUCUAAUUCAUGCUCAUUACUCAGCCACUAUACAUUUUCUACCAAAAUUGUUCGGCACAUGUCAUUUAUUUGUAAUCUUGAACAUUCAGUGUAUUAAAGUUUCAUUGGAUUCUUUGAUAAUUUAGUUUCUAUAUCUACCAGAACUCAACCUAAGCUUUAUAUCUGUGUCAAAGUAUAGGAUUGGUAGCCCUUCUGGCCCUCUUGAGAGGAUUUGGUAAUGGUUUAACUCUUUACAUGCCGCAAAAAUAAUCUCCCUGUGCCACAUUGUAUUUAUCAUGGGAUAGAUAUAUGAAGGGCUUCAAGGUUAUCUAACUGUGUCCAGAUUAAUCUUAAACUAUACUAUUGUUAAAAGGGUUGUCAUUAAGCUAAUCUAAACCCAAAAUGGGUAAUUUUGCAAAGCCUUGGGUGUUGUAACAAACAAUCCUUUCAUCAAUUGGUGCCUAUUGUUUUGUGUGAAAUGGUACGUGUGGCAAACGAGCAUCCGUACAGAGAGGCAAAGAAAGCAACCACAGUGUAAGGCCUGUAUAAAACAUGUGUGUAAAGUUAAUUUGGCACUCAAGAUAUUAUUUUGUCUGUUUUGAGCCAGAAGGCUUUUAACGCUGUAUUAAAAUAUAUGAGUUAAUGCCCUAAUGGCUCCCAAACAGAAGAUGAAAAGCAUUAACAUCCAUGUGAAGAGUUAUUUGCAAUAACAAGACUCACUGACUUUUCUGUAAAACCCUUUCAUUAAAGGGAUCUGGUAACUUUGUCUUAGAUCCUUUAAAAAAAAUCCUUGAUUUACCCCAUGCUGCAAUGAUAAUUAGGAACCUUUAGGUCAGUCAG